GAGAAACCGGAUCUUCUUCUUCAUUUUUUCAUUGUAUUUUUAUUCAAACAAAAAAUUGUUGUGCAUUAUUAUUUCCAUUCGAUUCUGCCUUUCCAUCGCUCUUUCUAAAAUAUCUCUCUCUUCUCAUGGCAAUCGCAGCAACCGAUUCGCAGCCGACUCAAAAGACAGAGGCAGGGGAAAAGAAGAGGUGGACCCUCAAUGACUUUGACAUCGGGAAGCCGCUUGGAAGGGGAAAGUUCGGUCACGUUUAUAUCGCUAGGGAAAAGAGGAGUAACCAUAUUGUUGCACUAAAGGUGCUUUUCAAGAGUCAACUUAAACAGUCACAGGUGGAGCACCAGCUCCGCCGUGAAGUUGAAAUACAAAGCCAUCUUCGACACCCUAAUAUCCUACGACUCUAUGGUUACUUCUAUGAUCAGAAACGAGUUUACCUGAUUUUGGAAUAUGCUGUCAAAGGAGAACUCUACAAGGAGCUGCAAAGGUGCAAAUACUUUAGUGAGCGACGUGCUGCUACCUAUAUUGCUUCAUUAGCACGGGCUCUCAUAUAUUGUCAUGGGAAGCAUGUUAUUCAUAGAGAUAUUAAACCAGAGAACCUCUUAAUUGGUGCACAGGGUGAAUUAAAGAUUGCUGAUUUUGGCUGGUCUGUACAUACAUUUAACCGCAGGCAGACCAUGUGUGGUACUUUAGAUUAUCUCCCACCUGAGAUGGUGGAGAGUGCUGAACAUGAUGCAAGUGUAGACAUAUGGAGUCUUGGUAUUCUAUGCUUCGAAUUCCUAUAUGGAUUUCCUCCCUUUGAAGCUAAAGAACACUCUGACACAUAUAGAAGGAUUUUGCUUGUAGAUUUGAAGUUUCCUGCAAAACCGGUAGUCUCCUCGGCUGCUAAGGAUUUAAUCAGUCAGAUGCUUGUUAGAGAAACUUCAAAGCGAAUGCCGUUACACAAGCUCCUUGAGCAUCCGUGGAUAGUUCAGAAUGCCGAUCCAUCAGGAGUCUACAAGGGUUGAUCCAUCCACAAACAAUUAAGCGAUUAACAUCAUUUUGAAAGGCAGAAUGGGGUGCAAAUGAUAGAUAUAUUUGCUUAACAAGGAUUGUUUAUUUGGAUCUCUUUUAACUAUAAAAAAACACUACCUAAAGUUCUAAUGUAUCGUGUCUUUUAAAAUGGAGGUUAACUGACCGUAAUCUUAAGAUUAAGAAUAAAUAAAAGCAAAUUGUAAUUGGUCUCUA